AUGUCGCAAUUCCGAGCCAAGAUCCAGGACCUGGGCGGUUUCAUCAACCCCCGCGUCGUCCGCGACCACACCAAGCGGAAGGUUUUUGCCCAGUUCGAGCCCGAACGCCAAGCUCUCCGCUACGUUAUCCACAACACGUCUCUUCCGCAGCGUGUCCGUGCUCAGGCCCAGUUGCAGCUCGCCUCGAUGCACCCCUACACUCGCUCGACGCAGGUCAAGAACCGCUGUGUGGCGGGUGGUGUUCCCCGAAGUGUGAUCCGGGCAUUCAGACUUGGUAGAUUCCAAUUCCGUAUGCAGGCGCUGGCCGGUGAGCUCCCGGGUGUGAGGAAGGCGAGUUGGUAA